AGGAUUGCUCUCAAAUCCAAUGACAUUACUCAAAAAUACCCUUCCCUUAUCUUAUCAUCUCCUCUCCAUACCCUUUUUCACUCUCUAAAAACACCACCCCUUUUCUUUCUUCUGCAUAUUUUCACCCAUUACUCUCCUAUCAUCUUUACGUAAACCACAUUAUUUUGGACUUCAAAUUAAGCUUUUCAGCUCCAUUUUCAUUCAAGUUUUUGAAUUUGGGUUUUUAUUAUAUCUGUAGCCUUUUCUUUUUCCAUAUAAGAAAUGGCCCCAAGGUCAGGGAAAAGCAAGUCAAGUAAAGCAAAAGCUGAGAAGAAGAGGAAAGAGGAGAAAAUUGUUCCUUAUGUUCUUGACAUCACUGUCACUACUCCUUAUGAAACUCAAGUUGUGCUCAAGGGUAUCUCCACUGACAGGAUACUUGAUGUAAGAAGGCUGUUGGCUUCUCAUGUGGAGACAUGUCACCUUACAAACUAUUCUUUUGCUCAUGAGGUCAAAGGGAAGAGAUUGAGUGACAAAGUGGAAAUGGUUACCUUGAAACCAUGUUUGCUCAAAAUGGUUGAAGAGAAGUAUGCGGAGGAAGCUGAGGCGGUGGCUCACGUGCGGAGACUGGUAGAUAUUGUAGCAUGCACCUCCAGGUUCUCGAGGACUAAACGUCCCCGAUCACAAUCCUUAUCAGCGCCGUCAGAUUCAAAAGCCGAAAAGGUCAAUAGGCCCAACAACAGCGCUCUUCCACCUGCGCCCUCGAAUGGCGAAACGACGCCAAUUCCGGAGAACUUGGACAUGGCUGCCAUUCAUCCCACCCCGAAAUUAUCGGAAUUUUACGAUUUCUUCUCAUUCUCUCACCUCUCUCCUCCCAUUCUCAAUUUGAGGAAAUGUGACCCCAAGGAUGUAGAAGGGUGGCGUGACGGUGACUAUUUUGUAAUGCAGAUAAAAAUCUGCAACGGGAAGUUGAUACAAGUGGUUGCAUCAGUAAAAGGGUUUUUCACUGUUGGAAAGCACUUCUUCCAGAGCCACUCUUUGUUAGAUCUUUUGCAAAACCUCAGUCAAGCCUUUGCCAAUGCAUAUGAAUCCCUUAUGAAGGCAUUUGUAGGACACAAUAAGUUUGGUAAUCUUCCCUAUGGAUUUCGGGCAAAUACAUGGCUUGUCCCUCCCCCUGUUGCUGAGUGUCCAGCAAACUUCCCCUCUUUCCCAUCAGAAGAUGAAGAAUGGGGUGGUAAUGGUGGAGGUCAGGGAAGAAAUGGUGAAUAUGAUCUUCGGCCAUGGGCUACAGAUUUUUCAAUUUUAGCCAGCCUUCCUUGCAAAACCGAAGAGGAGAGGAUUAUUCGAGACCGCAAGGCCUUUUUGCUCCAUAGCCAGUUUAUUGAUGUCUCAAUCUUUAAAGCUGUUGCUGCAAUACAACAUGUCAUGAAUUCCAGAUUAAAUGUCAAGGGCCAUCCAGACUCCGUCCUUCAUGAGGAUCGCACAGGUGACUUGUCCAUUUUAGUAAAACAUGACUCGAAAGAUGUGAAACUUGAGUGUGGGGUAAAGGUUGCUGGCCAUCAAUCAUCUGACAUGACUACCAAUGAAAUUGCUCGAAGGAAUUUACUUAAAGGGAUAACUGCAGAUGAGAAUGUAGUUGUUCAUGAUACUUCUGCAUUGGGCACUGUCAUUGUUAGACAUUGUGGGUACACUGCAAUUGUAAGUGUUGUUGGUGAUGUGAAGAAGGAAAAAUCUGGUGCUCCGGAUAUUGAAAUUGAUGAUCAACCAGAUGGAGGAGCGAAUGCUCUUAAUACUAACAGCCUAAGGGUUUUACUUCACAAAUCUAGCCCUGCGGAAGUAACUGGUGGAGGACAGUCAAAUCAGUCCAACUUGAUUGAUUCCAAAUCUUCUAGAUGUCUUGUUCAGCGAGUAAUUAAAGAGAACUUGACAAAAUUAGAGGAGAACUCAGUUGCCCCUGAAAGGACUAUUAGAUGGGAACUUGGUUUUUGUUGGGUGCAGUAUCUACAAAAGCAGGAAACUUCAACAGAUGCUACUUCAAAAGGACCUGCAAAUGAUCAGGAGGCUGAAGUUGCUGUCAAAGGUCUUGGAAAGCAGUUUAAAUUUUUAAUGAAAAGGGACAAAAAACCAAGUAAUAUCAGUAGCACAGUUGAGAAGGAAGAUAAUGGUUCUGAGUUAUGCAGUGAAGAUGUGAAGUCUAAUUUAGGACAGGAAAGUAACGUUGAGUUGAGCAGUGAGAUGGAAUUGAAGCACCUGAUUUCUAAAGAAGCCUUCUCACAUCUUGAAGAAAGUGGAACUGGUCUUCACUUAAAGUCAGCUGAGGAGCUUAUUAAGAUGGCAUGCAAAUAUUAUGAUGACAUUGCUUUACCAAAGCUGGUAACAGAUUUUGGAUCGCUUGAACUUUCUCCUGUUGAUGGUCGUACGCUAACCGACUUCAUGCAUUUAAGGGGAUUACAGAUGCACUCUUUGGGUCGUGUGGUGAGGAAACUCUCAAAAAAAUCGGUCCUCUUGAAUCCUUUUGUGAAAGUGAUUAUUGGUUAUCUUAAAUCCUUUCUUAUUGGCACUAGGAUAGUUUUCAAUCAGGUUGAACUUUCUGAGAAGCUUCCUCACAUACAAUCACUUUGCAUCCAUGAGAUGAUUACUCGAGCUUUCAAGCAAGUAGUGAAAGCAGUUGUGGCAUCAGUUGAGAAAAUUGAGGAUUUACCUGUGGUUAUAGCUUCAACCCUGAAUUUCUUACUUGGAAGUUGCAGAGUGGAUGUUAAUGCCCCAAGUGCAAAUGAUGACUAUUUACUCAAACUGAUGUGGUUAAGAAAGUUUCUUGCAGCAAAAUUCGGUUGGAAACUGAAAGAUGAAUUCCAACAUUUAAGGAAACUUUCUAUUCUUCGCGGACUUUGCUAUAAGAUUGGUCUAGAGUUGGUUCCUAGAGAUUAUGAUAUGGAAUGCCAAGAACCGUUCAGAAGUUGUGAUAUUAUUAGCAUGUAUCCUAUUUGUAAGCAUGUAGGAUGCUCUUCUGCUGAUGGCCGAACAUUGUUGGAGUCAUCCAAGAUUGCUCUUGACAAAGGAAAACUAGAGGAGGCGGUUAACUAUGGGACAAAGGCAUUGGCAAAGAUGAUAGCUGUAUGCGGUCCUUAUCAUCGAACUACUGCGAGUGCUUACAGUCUUCUUGCUGUUGUUCUCUACCAUACUGGAGAUUUCAAUCAGGCAGCCGUAUAUCAACAGAAAGCUUUGGAUAUUAAUGAGAGGGAGCUCGGUCUUGACCAUCCAGAUACCAUGAAAAGCUAUGGGGAUCUUUCUGUAUUCUAUUAUCGGCUCCAACACAUGGAAAUGGCUUUGAAAUAUGUAAACCGUGCCUUAUUCCUUCUUCAUUUUACUUGUGGAUUGUCUCACCCUAACACUGCCGCAACAUAUAUAAAUGUGGCUAUGAUGGAAGAAGGCAUGGGAAAUGUUCAUGUUGCUCUUAGAUAUCUACAUGAAGCUCUUAAGUGCAACCAGAGACUGCUAGGAGCUGCUCACAUACAGACUGCCGCAAGCUAUCAUGCUAUUGCCAUUGCUCUUUCAUUGAUGGAAGCUUAUUCAUUAAGUGUGCAACAUGAGCAAACUACACUCAAGAUACUUCAAGCAAAACUCGGACCAGAUGACCUUCGUACCCAGGAUGCUACCGCCUGGCUUGAAUAUUUUGAAUCAAAAGCUCUAGAACAGCAAGAAGCGGCACGAACUGGAACUCCGAAGCCAGAUGCAUCAAUUGCAAGCAAAGGUCAUCUUAGUGUAUCAGAUCUCCUCGAUUACAUUAGUCCUGAUCAAGGUUCUAAAGGAAGCGAUGUGCAGAGGAAGCAGCGGCGUUCCAAGGUGUUACAGAUUAGUGAUAAAACCCAUGAUACACAUCACAACUUACAAACAGAUGGUGCUGUGUUUAUUGAUGCAACAGAUAAAGCUACAGCAACUGUGGAUAUUAAUGAAAUAGGUACCCUGACUUCUAUUCAUCCCGAAGAACCAGAGGAAACCGAUAAUAUUUCUAGUAUUAAGGCAACUGUUACAACUGAAGUUGUUGAAGAUACAACUUUAGAUGAAGGGUGGCAAGAAGCCAAUUCGAAAGGUCGGUCAGGAAAUGCCACUGGAAAGAAGUAUGGAAGGAAGAAACCAGUUUUUGCAAAGCUAAAGGUGAAUGGUUGUGAAUAUUCAAAUGGUAGAGAGAGUGGGAGUAGGCGAGACAUUAUCUCACCAGCAGGAAAAACUGUCCCGAAGAACAUUAUAAGGGAAAUGCAAACAGUAAAGCAAUCCAAGUCUUCCAGCUUGAAUCCUAGAGGGACUUCAAUUGGUUUACCUGCUUCUGUUUCCAGAGGUUCCUCCCCUUCAGCAAAUCUUAGUGCCAUUGCUUCAAAAUCACUUUCUUACAAAGAAGUAGUUGCGGCACCUCCAGGUACAGUUCUAAAGCCAUUAUCGGAACCAAGUGAGGGAAAAAUGGAACAGUCAAUGUGCGCCGAGACAACAAAUGUAGAGCACGGGAACAACAUCUCUGUUGUCGAUGAUGUAGUGGAUGACAAUGGUGAAACUGAAGGAACUCAAGAUACAGAAAGUCAGUCGGAAGAAACUACUCCUGAAAUUGAUAAGGUGUCUUCUUGUAGUCAGGAAAAAGGUUUAGAAGCAAAGGGGAGUAAGCUAUCGGCAUCAGCUGAACCAUUCAAUCCCGGAGCACUCUAUCACCCUUUAAACUCAGUUUCUGUUACAUGUGUUUAUGAUGUAACAGCUAGUCAAGGCAUGCUUGCUGAGCCUGUUGUACCUCCAGUUGCUGCUCGAGUUCCUUGCGGGCCAAGGUCGCCAUUGUUUUACAGAAACAAUAAUUCUUACGGUAGCUUUCUUAGAUACCAAACUCCUAUUUUGGAACACAAUGGAUUUGGAUCUCCGAGAGUUAUGAACCCUCAUGCACCUGAGUUCGUUCCAAGCAAAAUUUGGCAAAUGACUGGAACUGGUGAUUUGAGUGGCUCUGAAGAAGCUAUGAACACAGAAGUGAAGGAAGUUGAUAAGAAGUCGAGUAGGGAAGUUAACGGUUCUAAUCCAAAAAAGAGCAGCGCAGAGGAGAAAUCCGAGCUGGCAAGGCAGAUUUUGCUUAGCUUCAUUGUCCGGUCUGCCAAGCAGAACAUGGAUGGUGAAUGUGAGGCUUUAAUCAAUGACAAAAGGCUCAACCAUUCCCAAAACUCUUCGGAUGCAGUUACAAGCGACACUGCAAUAAUAAAAAUUCUAUAUGGAAAUGAAGGAAAGGACUUGGAUUCUCAAUCCAGUAGCAAUAAAGAACCAAAAGCGUUGGAUAUAAAUAAUAAGAAACCCGGAGAUGGCGAAGGCUUUACAGUUGUAAAGAAACGGCGGAAAAACAGGCAGCAGCUUACUAAUGAAGUCACUGGGCUAUAUAAUCAGCAAUCCAUAUGUGCUUCUGUAAGGUGAAGAAAUAACCUUAGGAAAAUAACAGUGUAAGUGUCAUCAUGUUCCAUUUCCAGUUUUAUUUAUUAUCAUAUCCUUGCUUCCAUAUUAACAAAGCAAUUUAGAGUGAAGCCUGGUUCUUUAGUUGCUACUUAUUUUGAGAACAGCUUGGUGUUAUGCUAAUAAUCUCUGCAAAUUGGUUCUCUUGUUUAGAGAUUUUGUUUGAUCAAUAAAACGGCCAAUUCGUAA